AUGAGCUUGAAUUUUGGACUGACGAAUAUUAAACCUGUGGCACCAAAAUUCAAAUCCGAAAAAGUUCCAAAACAGAGGCCGACUUUAUCUAGUAGGACAUCCAGUAAUGGCCUUCGAAUUGGGACACCUGUAUCAAAAGUCACUGAUGCUCGUGGCAGACUAGCCGUCCCAAGCCCUCCCCCCGAGGCAGGAAAGAAAAGGAAAGAAAGAGAAAUCAGCGGAAGCCGUAACACCAAGAAAAACACAACUUUAACUCUUCGCAAAAGCCCGAGUCAACAGCCGUUGACGAGUGAUAGCGAGGAAGAUGAAGAGGUGGCCGUGUCUUCCAAGCGGGCCAAGCCGGAAAACAUUGAGCCUGAUCUGAAGAGGAAUCUGAAGGACAAAAAGGCCUUUUCAACUGAAACCGAUAACGCGCAAGGCUCUACAUGCAGAAUGAUCCACGCGGCCGAUGUCAUGAUGACGAAACGCACGGCUAAGAGCGGCGAGAAAGUUUGCGAUAGAAAGAAGGAAGAGGGCGAUGCGGUCCUUCUAAGAUAUCCCAGUGUCAGUCGAAGAGAAAGAUACCAACUCAUCUCGGAAGGCGAGGUUAUCGAUCCCGCAGGAGAAGAUUUGAUUAACCCUUAUGACGAAAUACCGAAGAUUGUGGAAAUUGUCAAAGACGAAUAUUUGACUGAGGAGCAAGCAGCGGAGUUCGCACAUCCAGAAACAGGUAUAAUUCGAAAAAUCAACAAAGCGACGAACAAUAUUACUUGGACUUUGUCCACCGCAAAAAAGCCCCACGACAAAGAGAAAAUGAAGGGGCUGUUGCUAGAGUUCAGGAAUGCUGUGGGGGCUUACAAUGACGCGCUCAGUACACUCACCAAAGAUGGAUCGCUGGCGAAAAACUUAGAAAAUAAGCAUUCACUAUCGUCUAAGCUUCUCAAGAUGGUUCUCCAGCAAGUUUACGACCGAGCAGUGUCUCCUCAAGUUGACUUGACUAAUAAAUACCAAAAUGGAACGGAUUAUGUUUACGGCGAGCUCACAUUCCCGUUUAUAUCCAGAAUUCUCAGGGAAGACACUCGGAUGAAAUCAGAUCAAGUCUUCAUAGAUCUUGGUUCGGGGGUAGGAAAUGUCGUUGUGCAUGCUGCGCUACAAGUUGGUUGCGAAAGUUGGGGUUGUGAAAUAAUGCCUAACUGCUGUAAGCUGGCUUCCUUACAACAGACAGAAUUUUCUGCACGUUGCAGGGCUUGGGGCCUCAGCGCCGGGUCAGUCAACCUCGAGGAAGGAAAUUUCUUGAAUAACGAAAACAUUCUCAAGGUGAUGAAGAGAGCUGAUGUUAUCUUGGUUAACAACCAAGUCUUUGCACCUGCCUUGAACCAAAGUCUUGUGAACUUAUUUUUGGAUUUAAAAGAGGGUUGCAAGAUUGUGAGUUUAAAAACUUUCGUGCCAGAUGGUCAUGUUAUAAAUUCCUACAAUGAACACAAUCCCAUCAAUCUAUUGCGAGUUGAAAAGAAAACAUAUGCGGAAGGCGAUGUUAGUUGGCAUUCCAAUGGAGGGGAUUACUACGUUGCUACGAAGGACAGCACUAUCGUGGCUAACUAUCACAAGACCCCAAAGGAUAGAAAGACACGGGGGAGUCGGGUUAGAUGA